GGCUUGUUCACAAACUGCAGUUCUAGAGAGCUGUGCCUGCUGAAAACAGCGAGUUUUCUUCACCACUACACUACAGAGACUUGAUUUCAAUAGUGUUAACAGGAUUCGCCAGAUAAGGUCAGCUCACAAGCCAUGAAGUUGCUUCCUGCCAUUUUUGCCUUACUGUGGUGUGUUGCUGCUAGCCUGACGUGGGCUGCCAAAAUUGUUGUUGUGCCUCCUAUCAUGUUUGAGAGCCACCUGUACAUCUUCAAGACUCUGGCGUCUGCCUUACACCAAGAAGGGCAUGAUACUGUCUUCCUUGUUUCCGAGGGCCGUGAGGUGCCCCCAUCUCAUCACUACCGCUUUCAGCGAUACCCAGGCAUCUUUAACAGCACCACAGCGGAUGAUUUUCUACAGUCCAAGAUGAAGAACAUCUUCUCAGGACGUCUGACUGCGCUAGAACUCUUUGAUAUCUUGGAGCACUACUCCCAGAACUGCGACCUAAUGGUUGGAAACCAGAAUCUCAUUUCUCGCCUCAGGGAAGAAGAGUUUGACCUGCUCCUGGUUGACCCCAACGAGAUGUGUGGCUUUGUCAUUGCUCAUCUCCUAGGGGUGAGGUAUGCAGUCUUUAGCACAGGUCUGUGGUACCCAGCAGAAGUAGGGGCUCCAGCUCCCUUAUCAUAUGUUCCUGAAUUUAACUCACUUCUCACAGACAACAUGAACCUUUUCCAAAGGAUUACAAACACGGCCAUCUACUUGGUCUCGCGCUUUGGGGUGCAGUUUCUAGUACUGCCUAGGUAUGACCGAAUCAUGAAGAAGUACAGUAUACAGCCAGAGGUGUCAACGUAUGACUUGGUUCAAGGAAGCAGCCUCUGGAUGCUGUCUACAGACACGGCCCUGGAGUUUCCACGACCUACUUUACCUCAUGUGGUGUAUGUGGGGGGCAUCCUCACUAAACCUGCCAGCCCUCUACCAGAAGAGUUCCUAACAUGGGCUGGUACAACAGAAGAACAUGGCUUUGUAUUGGUGUCCUUUGGAGCUGGAGUUAAGUACUUAUCAGAUGAUAUUGCGCAUAUGUUGGCCGGAGCUCUGGGUCGGCUUCCUCAGAAGGUGAUUUGGAGGUUUUCAGGUACAAAACCAAGCAAUUUAGGAAAUAAUACUAAACUUGUGGAAUGGAUGCCACAAAAUGAUCUUCUUGGUCACUCGAACAUUAAAGCAUUCCUUAGUCAUGGAGGUCUGAAUAGUAUUUAUGAAGCAAUGUACCAUGGUGUGCCUGUAGUGGGAAUCCCUUUGUUUGGAGACCACUAUGACACAAUGACACGAGUGCAAGCUAAAGGAAUGGGGAUCCUUCUGGAAUGGAAGAAGAUGACAGAAGAAGAGCUAUAUCAGUCAAUGAUUAAAGUCAUACAGGAUUCCAGGUACAGACAAGAUGCUCAGUUGCUAUCCCAGAUCCACAAAGACCAGCCUGAUCACCCUGUAAGCCGCACAGUUUACUGGAUCAAUUAUAUCCUCCGCCACAAUGGAGCCAAGCAUCUUCGCUCUGCUGUGCACAGCAUCCCUUGCUAUCAAUACUUCCUUCUAGAUGUAGCUCUAGUUAUGUUAGUAGGGACACUUAUAAUUCUGUAUACACUGUCCCGGAUUGUAAAAUUGAUUGCUGCAAGUGUGUGGUCUAGCUCAGUACAAAGCAAGGCCAAUGGAUACUACCAUAAUGGAAUACCAAAUGGCAAACACAGAAGAAACGGCCACAUUAAACAUGACAAGAAAGUAAAAUGAGCAAACUGAUGGUUCUUUAGUAAGCUAGUAUCAUUCAAAAUACUGUUGAACUUCAGGUAAUUUUAAACAAACAAAUCUCUUUCAUUUGUUUAGUAUUUUACUAAUUUUCCUACACAACACUCCUUUCUUUCUUUCUUUCUUUCUUUCUUUCUUUCUUUCUUUCUUUCUUUCUUUCUUUCUUUCUUUCAAGAAGCACAAAUACGCAGUUCAUUAUUUCUCAAUAGAUUGUUUUGUCAUCGAAAGUGAAGGCCCAGGUGAUCAAUAUGAGUUUAGGUAUCUUUCUUUUUUUUUUUUUUUUUAAUAAUGCUGAAUGAUCAGAUUGCACUGUGAAGAUGUAGCAUAUCAGCAGUGACUUUAGUACAACAUUUAACAUACAAACAUAUUGAGUGUUAAGGCCUCUUCGCAGCGGACGUGAGGUGACACAGAACAUGUAGUUUUGAUUUGAACCAUUCACACUAACUGCGAUGCGACUGGGCGACACUGAAGCGGUGCACAAAAAAUAAGAUUGAUGUCUAUUUUUGCAAUUGUCAUACGGCAGCUAGGGAACUGACCAAGGACCAAUCGGAGAAGAGUCGUCUAACGCAUCGAGCAUGCUUGUCGUCACUGGUGUGAAAGGUAGUGUUGCAGUGAAAGUAUCACUUUAUCGCAGGACAAAUCGCAUCGCGUCUGGUGUGAAUAGGCCUUUAGACCGUAAAAGACCAGAAAGUGACUUUUAUAUAGACACAUUGGUCUCUGACAUCAGAAUUCCUGAGCUCAUUUUAUUGCUAGACAUUCUAAGAAGUAACUAGCUGUGUUCUUUCUUGAAAAUUGAAAGACAGAACUUGCAUUUCCAUUCCAGGCAAUCGUGAUGGGUACUGUACAUAUUGCACGAAAAUUCCAACAAUGAGAAAACACUUGAUAGAUUUUUAUCGGCUGAUUUCACUGGAUUAAUCUAAUGUGUCGGUAAUCCUUGUAGAAAUCCUGUGAAUGUCAGUGGCGUCAUGAUUGCUUUUGAACAUAAACAAACUAGGCGUGUCGUAUAAAUUUCAGAUACUUGCAGAAGAUUUCUAAUAGCAAAAUCUCACAAAGCCAUCUUGGACCGAUCCUGUUCAGGUCAGUGGUACAUAUAAAUAAUGACCUGUACCAUACUACCAAGCCGUUUUAUGUUUUUGAUACUCUUUCAACAUAUUUACUCAAAUUUUUUUUUUUUUCAGUUACAUUUAAUUGAUGACAU